AUGUCGACAACAAUUCCAGGACCGCCUGGAAGCCCUGGCGAUUUGAUUACAUUUGGCCCUCACGCCAAUUGCACGCUUGAUCUCUGUCCUAUCGAAUACAGCGUCUACAAAUAUCGCCCUUCAGUUCCCGCCAACGCAACCUUUGUCGCUCUCUUUGGCGUUUCAAUCUUCGUCCACGUUAUUCUUGGCAUCCGCUGGCGUCAGUGGAACUUUAUGGCCCUCAUGAUACUUGGUAGCUUAGUCGAGAUUGGAGGCUAUGCCGGUCGCCUUAUUCUCUACAACAAUCCUUUCUCGUUUGGCGGCUUCAUGGAUCAGAUCGUCCUCAUCACCACCGCUCCUGUAUUCUAUACUGCUGGAAUAUACAUUACCUUGUCCAAGACCAUCAACUACUUGGCUCCCGAAAUUUCACGUAUCAAGCCCGAGCUCUUUUAUUGGAUUUUCCUCCCCAUAGAUAUAAUCUGCCUCAUCCUACAAGCUGCCGGAGGAGCUCUAUCUGUUGUGUCUUCUGGAAAUAGUUCAACUGGCGUUGAUGUUGCUAUGACAGGUCUGGGGCUUCAAGUAGGAGGCCUGUUCUUUUUCAGUGUCCUCUUUAUUGAUUAUCUGGCUCUCUAUGUCCGAAAGAAGCCUGAGUCUCCCUUAGGUACGAGAAUGCGCGUAUUCUUCGGCUUCUUGGGUGCCGCGAUCCUCUUAAUCUGGGUUCGAUGCGUAUACCGCUGCUAUGAGCUUAGCAAAGGAUACGUACAUUCCAAUCUGAUCACAGACCAAGGGUUGUUUAUCGGUCUUGAAGGAGUGCUCGUUAUCAUAGCCAGUUUUUGCCUCUGCAUUGGGCAUCCUGGCUUUAUUUUCGGCCGAAACGAAGCAAAGGCUCACUCUCUUCCGAUGUUUGAGGAGCCUGAUAAUUCAGACUCAAAGGUGUAG